CAAAAAUUGUGAAUGUCAGGCAAUUGUUAUUAUUUUUCGCGCAACUUAAGUUUUGAUUUUCUUUUUGCAAAUUUAUUCUUAAAAAAUAUUGUUUUUAAUAAUGAAAUUAAAGAAUUUGGGUGAUUUGCUGGUAUUUGAUACAUUUCCAUUAAUGUUUAAUCCUAAACAAAAAAUUAUUUUAACCCAUUUGCUGCAUCUGGAAGAGCAAAUGUUUCCUCAGAAAUUGUCCAUGAUAUUUACCACACAAAAGCUUGCUGACCAAUUGAGAAAGUAUUGUUGUGAUAAAAAGCAUACGUGCAUUAAUAAAAGUAAUAUAAUUGUGGUAAAACCUUAUGAAUUCAUUGACAUUGUACUGGACCGUCAACUCAUUUUGCAAGUUUUAUUUUGUGCUUCCGAAGAGGAAGAGUCCAAUAAUGUUAUGGUCUUAAUAAGAGAAAAUGGCAAAUUAAAUUAUAUAUAUGGAGGAAAUUUUAUAGAUAUACGAUCGGCAUUAUUAAAUGACACAUUUGCUUCUUGGAUAUCACAUGGCGUGGAAAAAUUGUAUGUCAAUUUAAAGAGAAUGGAAGAAAAUCAUACGUUUAAUGAUAUAGAUCAAAUGGAAAAAGUGUUUAAUAAUAUAGAGGCUAUUAUGAAGAACCACCGUGAAUCAAAAAUUCAUCUACAUUUACCUUUAUUCGGCUAUGAAGUUUUCAUUUUAAAAUUAGCCGAACGAUUUCCCAAUCGUUUGAAGUAUUCUAAUCUUAAACAGUUUUACAUAAAUCUUGACGACGAUAAUUCUCAAAUUGCAAUGCAUUGCCUUGACGAUAAGGUCAGUGAUGAAAGAAUAAUAUUACAGCCAGUUAAAUACACAUCUUACCAAGCUUAUAUGAAGUUUAAAAAAACCAAUGAAAUUACCAUAAACAUUUGUCAUGAUGCCAUUAAUUGUAUGAACUCUGAGAUCUACAAUAACCAAGGUUAUUAUGAAUUGUUUUACAGUCCUGAACCUUCACCAUUUCAUUUGAAAUUAUUAUGUAUGCUGGUCAAGCCGAAACGUAUAUUUGGCAUAGUCGAUACAUUCAAUAACAAAUCAAUUGUACCGAAAUAUCUGUAUGAACUUUGUGUGGGAGCCAAGGAGAAAAUAAAGAUUAAAGAAGAAAGAAAAUUGAGUUAUCCUUUUCAAUUGCCCGCUAAUAGUAAACAACAACCUAUGACAAUAAUUGCGGGACAUCUAUCAAAGACGACUAAAAAAACUGGACCUUAUUUAACGGAUUCCGAAAGUGAUGGUGAUACUUAA